AUGAACGAUACGGCCGACAUCGUCAAACAGACGACGCCGACGACCACAAAAAUCGAACCCAACGAUAGGCUUACCCCCACCUAUGACACCUUCAAGAAAGAGCCUUGGCCUGGUGCUACCCAAUUAAAUGGUGGCCAAAUGAUUACGUUAUCUCCACCUGCUGGCGACCCUGCUGGCACCCAACCAGAGCCGACGCAAUCAUCGUCCAGUGCCGGCUCCGAUCUCACCGCCGGCGAUGCCGAGGGUGUGUGGAGCGUCGACAUCGAUCAGGUACUCACCAUUGGGACCGAUCUGGUUUUCAUCGAGAUCGUUUUUGAGCGUAAAAUAGAUCCAUCAUGGUUGAAUCCUGACCCCGUUGGUGUCAUUUGUGACUGUCAUAGUGCCAUUAGCAAAUGUCAUAUGAGGUGGCCGUUGAUUGACAAUGAUUACCAAGGGUGA